AUGGGGUCUACACUGGCGCCGGCACGCAUUAAGUGGCAUAAUGAAGCCUCAGGCGGGCAGGCAGUGCUCACCUUUACAAUAGAGCCACAGGAUGUGGUCGUGCCGGAAGGACAUUCGGUGUUGCUGCAGUGUGGCGGCACUGCACAAAUCGGCAAGUCUGGAAAAGUAUUGCCGAAUAUACGUUGGCGUGCACCAGAUGGCCAGGAUUUGGGUAUUGUGGGUGAUACAUUCCGCACUCAGUUGAAAAACGGCUCAUUGUACAUAAGCUCCGUGGAGGAGAAUCGCGGCUUGACCGGCUCCUACCAGUGUCUGCUCAGUGCGGAUGGCAUCGGCACUAUUGUUAGUCGCGCGGCCGUGGUAUCCAUAGCACGUUUGCCCGACCUAAAUCAAGACUUCAUCGAAACGUAUCUACUACCCGGCCAGACUGCGUACUUUCGCUGCAUGAUCGGUCAAGUUCAGCCGGGCAUCAAGCACGCGGUGCAAUGGAUCAAAGACGACAUGCCGCUAGUAUUGGACAAAUUACGCAUGGUUGUACUGCCGAAUGGCGCAUUAGAAAUCGAUGAGGUGGGCAUUGGCGAUCGCGGUGCCUAUCAAUGCAAUGUUACCUCGGGUAGUGUGUCGCGCUUGAGCAGCAAGACAAAUUUGAACAUCAAAAAGAUGGCAGAUCCGGGUAGUGAAAGUCUGGUGGCACCAUCUUUUCUUGUCGGUCCCUCACCGAAAACCGUGAAAGAGGGCGACAGCGUCACCUUGGAUUGUGUGGCGAACGGUGUGCCCAAACCGCAGAUCAAGUGGUUGCGCAGUGGCGAAGAGCUCGAUCUCAACGAUCUUGAUUCGCAAUUCUCCAUUAUCGGUACGGGCUCUCUGCAAAUUUCCUCGGCCGAAGAUACAGACUCGGGCAACUAUCAGUGUCGUGCUAGCAAUACAGUCGACUCGCUCGAUGCACAAGCCACCGUACAAGUUUUGGUGCCGCCCAAGUUCAUCAAGAGCCCGAAAGACAAGAUCGCCCACGAAAAAGAAGAAUUAGAGUUAGAGUGUUCGAUACGCGGCAAACCCACGCCGCUGAUCCAGUGGCUAAAGAAUGGUGACGUAAUCACACCUAACACGUACAUGCAGUUGGUGGGCGGACACAAUCUACGCAUUUUCGGUCUGUUGCAAUCCGACGCCGGUAUGUUCCAGUGUGUCGGCACGAACCCAGCGGGUAGUGUGCAAGCGGCGGCGCGUCUCCGCGUUGUUCAAACCGGUAAAUCUAAAAAUUACCGUCCACCACUUCCGCAAACGUCAAAAUCUCAACUACUACCAUCAGCUUCGCCCAUGCGACGUCGCAAGGGUGGCGCGUCUGUAGAAGGGCGCUCUAAAUCAGUUGAUCCUUUUGACACAUUCGGCGAUGCUAUUGACGCUUCUAUGGGUUCGACGCGUAGUCUCUCCAAAAGCGCACUGGACAGUUUACUCUCACAGCGAGGUAAAAAGUUACCACGACCACACGAGAGACCACAAAAUGACAACAGUUAUGGUGAAUUUGCAUCACUCAAAGACGUCGAACAGUUAGACUUGGAAAUGGAAGACACGGACAGUUCAUUGGAAUUGCCAACAAGUACGCAUGAGUUUAGCGGUGGUGAUGACCAAGAAGAUGAUGAUAACGAAGACGAAGACGAUUAUGACGAUUUGAACGCCAAUCAGGAGUUCAUUGACGCUUACAAACAUGGUGACGAUCCAAACAAAGUACUGAACUCUUGGAAGAACAAAAACAAAAAACAAAUAUCCUCAGCCACAUCCAAUUCACAAGCGACAUCAUCAAGUUCCUCCUACUUAUCCUCAGAUUUAGAUGGACUCGAAGGUGGCAUAGGCAUUACUGGCGUAAGCAAUACGGAUAGCAGCGGUGGCAUUCUGCAGUCUGUCGGUGGCGUGACGCAUAUAAAUGGUGCACUACUGAGUCGUUUGCCGGGUCCACCACGCGAUUUGGUUGCGCAAAUCGUGAAGCCACGCUUUGUAACGCUCAGCUGGAUGGAGCCUAUGAAAAAUCCAGUGGAAGUGGUGUCCUACACAGUAUUCUACAAGAUGAACAACAGCGAACGCGAACAAAAAAUCGUUACCAAAUCCCACGAUGAUCAACAGGUGAACAUCCAAAACUUGAUGCCUGGCAAAACAUAUCAAUUUCGCGUGGUGGCCAAUACGAACUUUGGAGCUGGUGAAUCUUCUGAGGUAUUGGAAGUGCUGACGCAACCGGAGGAGAAUAUUGCUGGCCCACCACGCAACGUCGAUGGGCAUGCGACCAGCGAAAGAGAGAUUUUCGUAAAAUGGGAUCCUCCUACCGUAACUAAUGGCGAAAUACUGAAGUAUCGCAUAUACUAUUCUGAGAAUGACAGUGGCGCUGAGAUGUAUCACGAUAGCACAUCUUUGAGUGCUGUGCUCUCUGAGCUUCGUCCGUUUACCGAAUACACCAUUGCUGUGGUGCCAUUCAACAAGAAUGGCAUGGGUGACCCCUCAAAUGAAAUAAAAGUCAAAACUUACUCAUCCACACCAACUGAACCGCCCAAUAAUGUAACGCUUGAAGUGACCAGCUCCACGUCUGUCACUGUGCACUGGGAGCCGCCAGCUGAAGAGGAGCGCAACGGUCAAAUUACAGGCUACAAAAUCCGUUAUCGUAAACUGAAAGAUACACCCCAAGUGAAAAGUACACCAGCAAAUAUUCGCUACUUCGAAUUGAAUGGCUUGGAGCGGCAUUCGGAAUAUCAAAUUAAAAUUGCUGCUAUGACAGUGAAUGGCUCGGGUCCCUUUACGGAAUGGAAUCGUGUCAUGACACUUGAAAAUGAUUUAGACGAAACUCAGGUGCCAGGUAAACCGGUUUGGAUCGGUAUACAUCCGGGCGGUGAUAGCAUUGCGCUGCAUUGGGGCCCCCCACAGCAGCAUGAAAUCAAGAUACGCAGCUAUGUACUAGGCUGGGGUCGUGGUAUACCCGAUGAGAACACAAUCGAACUAAAAGAAUCUGAACGCUACUAUGUGCUGAAAAAUUUAGAAUCAAAUACGGAAUAUGUGGUAUCGCUGCGUGCACGCAAUGUCAAAGGUGACGGUCCGCCUAUUUAUGACAACAUUAAAACACGUGACGAGGAACCACUCGAUAUACCAGUGCCGCUAGAAGUACCAGUUGGCCUGCGCGCCAUUACCAUGUCCAGUUCAUCGAUAGUCGUCUACUGGAUAGACACCACGCUGAGCAAAAACCAACAUGUCACCGAUAAUCGGCACUACACUGUACGAUACGGCAUUUCCGGCUCUAGUCGCUAUCGCUACCACAACACCACCGAUCUCAAUUGCAUGAUCAACGAUCUGCGUCCAAACACACAGUAUGAGUUUGCAGUCAAAGUGGUAAAGGGGCGACGUGAAUCGGCUUGGUCCAUGUCGGUGUUGAACAGUACCUAUCAAAAUGUGCCAAUCACGCCACCGCGCGAGCUGACCGUGCGACCCGAUGAGCAGAAUCCACAAAAUGUCAUUCUACAAUGGCUCCCUCCCAAGCACAGUCUGGGCCAAAUAACCGGCUACAACAUCUACUUCACAACGGAUACAACGAAGCGUGAUCGUGACUGGUCCAUUGAGGCGUUCGCAGGCGAUGAGACAAUGAUGAUGUUGCCUAACUUAAAACCCUAUACCACAUACUACUUCAAAGUGCAAGCGCGUGUUGGAAAGGGCAUCAGCAAUGCGCCCUUCUCGGCGCUUGUCGCCUAUACGACCGCGGCGACGGUGGUGAUGCAGGAACCGAAGCCCAUUGCUAAGGGCAUUAGCAAUGAAAUUGUGUUGUACUCAGUGGCGGGCGUUGUUGUAUUUUUGGUAAUAGUAAUUGCGGCCAUUUUGGUUUUAGUGUGUCGACGAAAACCGCAAUCCACACCCGAUCACAACAAGAAGAGGUACGAAGACUACCAAAAUGUUGGUGUACCAAAGCCACCGGAUCUUUGGAUACAUCACGAUCAGAUGGAGCUGAAGAAUAUAGAUAAAAAUAUACACAGCACAACGCCAGUUUGUAGUGACGGUGCUUCGAGUAGCGGUGCCUUAACAUUGCCACGCUCUGUGGUGCAUGAGUAUGAUGUAGAUACGCCAGUGCCAGUUACAAAUUCGUUGGACAAACGUUCAUAUGUGCCCGGUUACAUGACUACGUCGAUGAACUCGACCAUGGAGCGACCACAGUACCCACGCACACAAUACAACAUUUCAGCCAAUCGUUCGCAUAUGACGGUCGACACGGGACAUUCGCAGCAGAGUUUGACACAACAGCCAGGCUCAUUGGCACAGACACCCGAACAUCCUUAUGGUUAUGAGGGUAAUUUCUGUCCUGGUUACCCGAAUGGUGGAGGUGGCAGUGGAGCCGGUCCUGGUGGCGGUCCCGCAAACAAUGGUGGCGUUUCAACUAUUGAUAGUUCUAAGCGUGGUCACCCGUUGAAAAGUUUCAGUGUGCCAGGGCCUCCGCCGACUGGGGGUGCAACACCUGUCAACAAACACACACCUGCAGUCACAAUACGUCCACAGAAUCAAUCGCCCUACAAGAAGCCCUCAUUCUCCGCUGCCACGCCUACAAACCGAUUGCAAGGCGGCUCAUCAGUCGCACACUCAAACGAUGAAAUACAACGACUAGCGCCAAGCACCUCAACUGAAGAACUAAAUCAGGAAAUGGCCAACCUCGAAGGCCUUAUGAAAGAUUUGAGUGCAAUAACGGCGAACGAAUUCGAGGUUUAACAGUAAAUUAAAGUAGAUUAGUGAGAACGAAUAAGUAAGAAAAUCUUUAGGUAUGCACCACCUAACAAAUGGGGAAAUAACAAAAUUGAUGUUGGGCGAAGUGUAAAUUUUGUUGAAAAGUUUACAGAAACGACAAACACCUCGAUAAGCUUAGCAAAUCAAAAUGUUACAAAAUGAAAACAAAAAAAAAAAGUGAACGUAUACACAAUUUUUAUGGUUUAAUAGAAAUUGAGUUUUACGAUAAUCGUACGCUAAAUGAAUUUUACUAUGUUUUUGGCUGCUAAUUUUCUUUUUUGCCAUUAUUAUUAUUUAAAAAAUUUAGGAAGUUAGAAUAACCAAAAUUAAUGAUUUUGUGUGAAUUCGCAACGCAUUUUAUACAAAUGAUAAUGGAGAGUGAUUGUUGUUGUACGAGUACAUAUGUAUGUAUAAGCCAAUACAGUAACUCUCAAACAAUUCACCAGUGGUGAGCCAGUUAAAGUGCAGAUUAAGUUUUAAAAGUGCUGUUAUUUUAAUUUUUUUUUUUAAAAAGUAUUUUUUUGUUUGUUUUUUUUUUUGCAAAAAUGUGUGACAUGUACAUAACUGUAAUAUGUAAGAUUUUCAUCAUAUAUAUAUGUAUUUAACGAUGUAUACUGGUUAAGCAUUAAAGUGGAAUUAAUUAAAGUUUGUGAGUAAAUGGAAAAUACUGCGAGCACUACAAAUAACAAAUAACAAAAGCGAAAACAAAAACAAAAAUUAAAACAAAAACAAAAACGAAACGAACUCAAACAAUUCAAUUGAUUUCAACUAACUCUAUAAAAUAUUAUAUUUGAAAAUUACGAAUUGUUAAAACUUAAGCUGCAAAAAUUAUAUGCGGAAUGUCCAUUGCACAGCUUGCGACACAUGCGAACUUUGUAAAACACAUAAAUUUGCAUACAAAAAUGCUUGCAUGCUGUAGAGAGCCAAGGUACCAUAGCGCAUGAAAUAUUCUGCAAAUUACUUCAGAGAAUGACUACUUCAGCGGCACUCUUUAGGUUAGGUUAGGUAGAACCGGUUUUCCAUUGUGGACACACUCAGGCUCAUGUCCCAUUGUUAUGCCGCAUUGGGAACUAGCACUUAUCCCUCCUGAAACUAAUGUGUACUAUUCAAAAAUUUCGCAAGAUCCUUGAUUUCGACAGAGCCGAGGUCUUCUAAUUCGUUAAAGAAAUGUCCGCCCAAAAUGGCGAGUAUACGUCUGGAUAGAGCAGGACAGUGACACCGAAGGUGCGGGAUCGUCCUUCCUCUUAUAGACAACUUCUGCAGAAGUCAUAUGUUUGCACACCCAUCCGCUGGGCGUGCCUACCGAUUAGGCAGUGCCCCGUAAUAACUAAAAUCAGUGUGCUACUGUGCUUAUCUCCUCGUAGUAGUAGUAGUUCUGUGCGUUUAGCAUUGAGAGUCCGCCACAUCUGUCGGGCGAUUUUGCAAGUGGCUUCGUUACGCCAUCUUUCAUUCGCUACUCUUACAAUUUCCGGAUACGCGAAUUUCCGCGGAUACGUAGUCUACAUGUUUGCAAGGCUAUACCUCUAUCAUUGUCUGAGUACUCAUCAGUCAAUUUGGUACCGAUGUUCGCUAGUUCAUCGGCUCUGCAGUUCCCCUCCUUAUCCGAGUAUAAAUUCAAAUUGUUUCAGUAUUCUAGGCAAGUUAUUAUCGGCAAAUUGCGCUGAACCAAAGCUUGAAUGUGCUUCUGCUGUUGUAGUUGUUUGUUGUCGUUGUUAUCAUCAAGAUAGUCGGUUCCGCAGCUUCCGCAUCUGCGAAUUAAGCCAAGAUUUAUAUCCACUGAAAGACUGCCAUACCAGACGUAUUCUCUCAAUGUUUUUAGGGAAUAUUUUAUGUGAUUACAAAAGCAACAACCUGUUCAAACAACAUCCAGUGCCUGCUCGUGUGCAUACACUGUGUAUACAUAUCGCUCAUUUGCUGCAUGAGUUCCGUAAUCAAAAGCAGAAACAUAAAUUUAGUUAAGUGUGCAGAAAUAACCGCAAGCCCCCCUUUUGUGUUGGGUAAAAAAUGCAUGGCAAUGAGAAUUAGCAGUACCUCUUAAGGUGAAAAUAUUUAUUUACCUUUUCGCAACUUUGGCCAAGGUUUUACAAAGCGCGCCAGUUGUUUCUUUCUCGUGCUAACCGGCGCCAGUUGGACACAUCAAGUGAAGCCAAGUCCUUCUCCACCUAAUCUUUAUAUUCUUCAAUUAUGUAUGGAGGCAUAGGAAAUUGAAAACGACUUUUCGUUUUUUCGUUUAGGACGCCCUUGCAACAAAUGAGCGAUUUGUGUGUGUGUGUUGCAGUUUCUGUGUAAUUGGAAUUCUUAGCUCUGUAUGUAACUAUUUGAAACUAAUUAUAUAUAUAUGUAUGUAUUUGCACUUCAUAUAAAACAUGCACAGCUGAAGCUCCUUGCCGCCAUACCUAUGCAAAUACUUUAACUCAUACGAAAUAUAAAAGAGUGUAAAUCUAGAUUUA